AUGGCUGUUUCUCUUCGGCUUAAAGCAUGUGAAAUUGAAACCAAUGCAGUUGCUGUUGAAAGAGUUUGCGAAUAUGAAAAUAUGGAUAAAGAGGCACCUUGGAUAAUGUCUAGAAGACCCCCAUUACAAUGGCCUAAUAAAGGUGUAGUAGAAUUUAUUAAUUAUCAGGCUCGAUACCGAGAUGAUCUUGGUUUAGCAUUGCAAGAUAUCACUUUCCAGACUCAUGGGGAAGAGAAGAUUGGAAUUGUGGGAAGGACUGGAGCAGGCAAAUCCACACUAUCAAAUUGCUUAUUUAGAAUUGUGGAGAGAGCAGGAGGCAAAAUUAUUAUUGACGGAAUUGAUAUAUCAACUAUUGGACUUCAUGACCUUCGUGGCAAACUUAACAUUAUUCCACAGCAUCCUGUUUUAUUUUCUGGAACCCUUCAAAUGAACCUGGAUCCCCUAAACAAAUAUUCUGAUAGCAAGCUGUGGGAAGUGCUGGAAUUGUGUCACUUAAAAGAGUUUGUGCAGUCCCUUCCUGAGAAGCUACUGCAUGAGAUUUCAGAGGGUGGUGAGAACCUCAGCAUGGGACGACGGCAGCUGGUCUGUCUUGCUCGUGCUUUGCUUCGAAAAACAAAAAUUCUCAUCUUGGAUGAAGCAACAGCCUCCAUCGACUUUGAGACGGACAAGUUGGUGCAGACCACAAUCAGGAAGGAGUUUUCUGAUUGCACCAUCCUGACCAUUGCUCACAGACUGCAAUCUAUCAUUGAUUCAGACAGGGUGCUUGUUCUAGACUCAGGAAGCAUUGUGGAAUUUGAAGCACCUCAGAAUUUGAUACGUCAGAAAGGACUUUUCUAUGAAAUGACAACGGACGCUGGAAUAACACAAGAAUCAGGCACAAAAAAUAAAUUACUUUAG